ACACAACCACCAACCCUUCAUUCAUGAGUAUGAGUGAGUAGCGCGGCUUUCGCGAUUCUUGCCACCCAUUAAAUAACCGACCGAUUCCGGCCCUGGUAGUGUUCGCGGAAUCUUGCACCGCAGCGGACUGGGUCGUCCCUUUUUUCCGGCACCCGCACCGUAACGUUAUCAGUUCGUGAUCUUGCUACCCGUCGGCACCCGGUGCACACUUCCACACCACACAAACACUUCACAGGGCCGGCGUUCCCCCCAGUACAGGACAACCUUGUCAAGGCAAAACAGCUGAUUUUCAGCUUGCAGCAUAAAAAACGACAAGAGUACAACAAACCAGUCGUGUGUGUGUGUGUGUGUGAGAGAGAGAGAGAGAGAGAGAGAGAGAGAGAGAGAGAGUUUGCGUCAGUUAAUAUAGCUGUGAUAAGCGAUAUCUUUGAAAGCCAAACAAGCAAACCUUGGUGCUCUGUGCGUCUGACGUGCGACCGUUCUGUUUGCAUGAUGAAACUAAGCCUACCUUUGGCUUAAGCUAUGAGUCUUCAUUUAAAGGAAAGCCGGAACUAAAAAGUUGGGUAGAAAUCAAAUCCUUAUCAACAAAAAAGGGGUCAACGAUGGAAGCAACACGUGUCAAUUUAAGCGCUAAUCCACGGCAGCGCGCCAAUUUUCUCUCCAUACUGACGUUCUGGUGGACGGCGGACAUGUUCCGGAAAGGGUACAGCCAGCGGUUUGAAAUUAGCGAUCUGUACGAACCACUGGAGGAGGAUCGGGCCAAUCGGUUGGGUGAUCGCUUGGAAAGACAGUGGAACAGACAGCUGGAGCUACAGUCCCGCACAGCAUCCCACAGCCCAUCGCUUGUACGUGCCAUCUUUCGAACGUUGUGGAAGGAAUGGCUCACACUGUCGGUCCUGGCAUUGCUUGCCGAGGUAGUGCUACGUUUACUGCAGCCCAUAUUCCUCGGCCGAAUGUUGCUCUACUUCCGCGAAGGAUCAAACAUGACGCACGAGGACGCACUGUACUACGCUGGCUGCAUGGUGGCAGUGCGAGCGAUCAUCGUGCUCUGCGACAACCAGUACGGUAUCAUCUCCGUGCUGACGGGUGUGAAGGCCAAGAUUGCUGUCUGCAGCGUGGUGUACCGGAAGUCACUGCGAUUGGCGCGCAACGCACUCGGGGACACAUCCCCGGGUAAGAUGGUCAACCUGAUGUCGAACGAUGUGAACCGGUUCGAUAUCGCGUCCUACCUGGUGUGCUUCAUGUGGACAUCGCCAAUCGUAAUGCUGCUGGCGGCCGCACUGCUCUGGUACGAGAUUGGCUGGUCGGGUGUGAUGGGACUGAUCGCGAUCGUCAUUAUAACACCGAUCCAGUCCUAUACCGGCACCCUUACCUCGCGCUAUCGCCUCCGGACCGCACUGAAAACUGACGAACGCAUCCGGCUGAUGGACGAAAUCAUUGCCGGUAUCGCCGUCAUUAAGAUGUACGCUUGGGAACGUCCCUUCUCGAAGCUCAUCUCACAAGCACGCCGGAAAGAGAUGAAGGAGGUGCUGAAGAGUGGUUACCUGCGAGCGCUGUACAUGUCCUUUCAGCUGUUCACGACCCGGGCCGCCAUACUGGGCGUAAUGCUGGCGUUCAUAGCGCUCGAUGAGGAUAUUACGGCGGCGAAGGUGUUCGUUGCCGCAAGCUAUCUCUCCAACGUGUCCUACACGAUGGCCGGUUUGUUUGGGCGAGGAAUCGCAGAGCUGGGCGAGGGCCUCGUGGCAACACGCCGACUGCAACGCUUUCUUGAGUACGAUGAAGUGCAGGAUCAGAAGGGUCAGGAAGGCACCGCUGCCAAGAGCGAUGGGAAGCAGGAACAUGAAAAUGGUACCGUCGGUGAAACGCUCCGUUUGCUGGCCGAGCCGAACGACGGUCUACUGUCGGAUGAGGUGGUCAUUGCGAUGCGUAACCUUACCGCUCGCUGGACUAUGCCGGAUGAACUAUCCCCCGAGCCACCGAAGAUCCCACCAACACUGUCGGAACUGAACGUACAGUUUAAGCGCGGCUGCUUGAUCGGAAUCGUCGGACCGGUCGGUUCGGGUAAAAGCUCCAUCCUGCAGGUCCUCCUGCGAGAACUGCCGCUGGAGAGUGGCAGCCUUAGCAUGGGCAACUGUUCGGUUGCCUACGCGAGCCAAGAACCGUGGCUUUUUACGGGCAGUGUGCGACAGAACAUACUGUUCGGUGAUGAGCUCGAUCAGUACCGGUACCGGCAGGUGCUGAAGGUGUGCGCCUUACAACCGGAUCUGGCUCACCUUCCUGCCGGUGAUAUGACCGUUAUCGGCGAGCGGGGCGUUUCGUUGUCCGGUGGACAAAAGGCACGCAUUUGCUUAGCCAGAGCGGUGUAUCGCAAGACGGACGUGUAUCUGCUGGACGAUCCACUGAGUGCGGUGGAUGCACAUGUCGCCAAACAUCUGUUUGAGCUGUGUAUCGGGAAUGGAGGGUUCCUAAAGCGACGCAAUCCAAACGCGACGCGCAUUCUUGUCACUCAUCAGAUUCAUUUCCUGAAGCAAGCGGAUUGGGUCAUUGUAAUGAAGGAGGGCCGCGUGCAAGCACAGGGAACACCAGCAGAUUUGCAAACGAGAGGCAUCGAGCUGGAACACCUCGAAGCAGGCGAGUCGGAUGAGGACACUAGCACCACCGUUCGAAAGAUUUCGCACACCUCCACCAGCUCCACGGUCACGGUGGACAGUGUCACGCUGGAAGAGCUAACCAGCGGUGAUCCAAACGAUGCGGAUAUUGGGAAAGAAAAGUUCGAAGCCUCUUCGCAGGGCUCCGUCCCAGGGUCGGUGUUUCUGCAGUACGUUUCCAGCGCCGGCAGCUGGCUGAUCUUUGUCGGACUGGUGCUCCUGUUCGCGGUCACGCAGCUUGUCGUCAGCAUAGCCGACUGGUGGCUGUCCUACUGGACCGCGCUGGAAGAGAGAGGAGCUCUUGAAACCGCCCCAGCUUCUAAUCAAACUCAACCACCGGAGGAGCUUGAAGGCGCUCGCGAGCAUCUGCUCACCCGAGACACGUGUGUGCUCGUGCACGUCACCCUCGUGUGCACCAUCUUUUUCGUGGCAAUACUGCGUGCCUUCGGUUUCUACAGGGCGUGCGCCCGUGCCUCACAGUCCAUCCACGAUACCGUGUUUGCCGGGUUUAUCGGUGCCAGGAUGCGGUUCUUCGAAACCAAUCCUUCGGGCCGCAUUCUUAACCGCUUCUCGAAGGAUAUGGGAGCGAUGGACGAUAUGCUGCCCAAGUCUAUUCUGGACGCGACGCAAACGCUGCUCAUGUUCGCUGGCGCCAUGAUGGUGGUGGUGUUUGUGCAACCGUUCUUUAUGGUGCCGAUCUUGGUGCUUUUUGUUGCACUUCUAGCGGCCAGGAGAGUUUACCUAAGGACAUCGCAGAACACCAGGCGCCUGGAGGGAAUAACUAGAUCUCCCAUCUUCACGCACAUUGCGGCGACCCUGAACGGAUUGCCGACCAUUCGAUCGUACGGUGUGCAGCAGCUGCUUAUACAGGAGUUCGACACGCACCAGAACGUGAACACGGGCGCCUACUUUAUGUUUCACUCGGCCCGUAUCGCGUUCGGCCUCUUCCUGGACAGUAUCUUCUUUCUGUUUCUCACGAUCGUAACGUUCAGCUAUCUGCUGCUCGAUGAGGAUGCGAUCGCAGCGCGUGUCGGGCUCGCCAUCACGCAGAUCGGCAGCAUCGGUAGUCAGCUGCAGUUCGGCAUUCGGCAAAGCGCGGAAAUGUUUAACCAUCUGAUUGCGGUGGAGCGAUUGCUCGAGUACCGGGAACUGCCCGCCGAACGGCUUCCGGAUGCAUCGGAAGCCGGCGGAAAGAAGCACUCAUCGUGCCGUACCGGCCCGAUUCCCGUCGUACCGGUUCCGGCCGAGUGGCCUCCGAAGGGCAGCAUAGAGUUCCGAAACGUUUGUUUCCGGUACGCGGACAGUGAUGUGGCGGUGCUGCACGGUCUAACGUUCACGAUCAAACCGCGGGAAAAGGUUGGCAUUGUGGGCCGUACCGGGGCCGGCAAAUCCUCCAUCAUUGCUGCCCUCUUCCGGAUGGCACUGGUCGAAGGUGACAUACUGAUCGAUGGCACCAACACUGCCGACGUGCCGCUGGAAACGCUCCGGUCGCACAUAUCGAUCAUACCGCAGGAUCCGGUCCUCUUCUCCGGCACACUGCGCCGCAAUCUGGAUCCAUUCGAAGCGUACCCGGACGCGGCCCUAUGGCGAGCGCUCGAGCUGGUAGAGCUGCGCGAGCUUGCCAGCGAAUCGUCGGCCGGACUGGGACUGCAAGCGUACGUUGCUGCCGGGGGGCAAAAUUUUAGCGUCGGCCAGCGGCAAUUGCUGUGUCUCGCGCGUGCCAUUCUGCGCGGUAACCGUAUUCUGGUGCUGGACGAAGCCACUGCCAACGUGGACCCGGACACGGAUCGACUAAUUCAGCGCACCAUCCGGGAACAGUUUGCCGACUGUACCGUGCUUACGAUCGCUCACCGACUCAACACGAUCAUGGACUACGAUCGGGUGUUGGUCAUGAGCGACGGUACGUCGGUCGAGUUUGGCCGGCCCGGUGAAUUGUUGGCCCGGCCCGACGGUACAUUCCGCAGUAUAGUGCUCGCGACCGGUCACGAUGAGGCCGAGAAUCUGAUGAAGAUGGUGCACAAUCUCCCACCGAACAACGGGGACAAGGAGUAGGCAUGCAUCUUAACGAAAGUUGUAAAAUUUAGUUGUACUUAAUAAGUGUAAAAAGUAGAGAGAGAGAGAGAGAGAGAGCGAACAAAUAGAAAGCAGGGACAAAUAUAGAAUCAACAUACUAUCCGUACUCCA